AUGGUUGGCGUCCCGCGUAGCACUGGCUGCAGCCUCUGCAUCAAGCGUCGUGUCCGAUGCGACGAAGACCGACCAGCUUGCCAAAAGUGCAUCAAAUACGGCGCCGAAUGUCCCGGGUACAACCGCCCCUUCAAAUUCGUAACUGAGAGGCCGGCGAAGCGUUCUGGAAAAGGGCGACACACUCCAGCCACCGGGACCAGUCCGGCAACAUCCUCCGCAUCUGCGAACAGUCCGACUUCUCAAUCCCCUUCCCAGUCCUCCUCCUCCGACGUAACACGUCCCUUGGAUGCUCUUCGAUUCGAGCUUAACCCCGGUCGGAUGCAGGUACUUGUACCGCUUGCCCAGGGUAUCUGGGACAUGAGGCGCGACGACGAGUUUAGGCAUUUCUGGCCGUGGCUUGAGGGUCUCCCAGAUAGGCUUGGCGCCAAGGCCACCCUAGACAGCGCCGCAUGUGCUCUGGUGCUGCAUAUAAAAGGCAGACAGGCCAGCAACGAGGGUAUUGUUGCCCAGGCUCGGACUUCAUACCUUCAAGCAUUGCCUGCUUUGCAGCAUGCGCUGAACCAUCCGACGGAGUGGAGGACAAGCGAGACGUUGUGCUCGGCCAUUCUGCUCUCUGAGGAUUGCUUCCUCGCCAAAAAGGAAUGGAGAGACGCCUGGUACAACCGUGGACCUGAACCUUACGCCGCUCUCAUCGACGAAUUUUGCAUGCUUAUCAUUCAGGAUAUACUCGAGGAGUGGGCUGGUCUCGCGUUCGAGGAGACCAGCGAAGAUCUCCUGGCCCAGAUCCUCAAGUCAGUCGAGUUUACGUCCAAGGGGUUCAUGGGUCUAUAUCGCAUCGGAUUUUCUGUGAGGAUUGCGCUUGAGUUCGCGAAUCAGGAGCAACGGCGCUGGAUACGGAAGUUGCUGAGAGAUCGAUCCGAGUCCUUUGCCGCGACCACGCCGACUCCGAGUCCGAAGAUGCUACAUCAGACGACUCGCAACCGAAGCACCUCCUCUCAGUCCUCUAUCGUUCCCAUGAUGGCAGCAUCCCACAUUUACGAAGGAACGGACGUUCCAACCGGUCCCUUCCACGACCUGGCAUCGGAGCACCACCUUGUCUCAGAGCAGACGACAGCUUCAUCCUCCUCUCCCGCUCCAUCCAAAAUCUUCAACACCUACCGCCGCGCAGCCUUCGGGCGCAAACAUAUCUUCUCUGAGACGACCGGUCUAGCACGCUACUGGAUCUUUAACCCCGUGCCGCAAAAACACUCCAGCCAAUGGAGGCCCAUCUUUUGGCGCGGCGAUAACCCCAAGUACUGUCCCGAGAGCACGCGGAUAGGCAAGGCGCGUCGCACGGGGUUCUGGAACUCGUUCAGGAUCCACCUCGGCGAUGGCAUGGAGCAAGAGCUGAAGAAUAAAGAGCGGAGGAAGGCCAAGAAGGGGUAUGCGCGGAGGCAAAAGUGGAGGAAAUGGUUCUGCAUGGGACCUUCGCCGCCGAAGAAGCCAUUGGAGGAGGAAGAGGAGGUGACGGGCCUUGUCAUGCCAGUGAGGAUGUUUCGGCCUAAGGGGUUGGGCAGAACGCUGAAGUGGGAGAUUAAUGGGAAUGAGUACAUGUGGAAGGGGACGAGGACAUUCCUCCCCAACGGCGUGAAGAAGAUGAAGGGCAUAUCUCACGAUUUCAAGCUCGUCAACUCGGACAACGUCGUGAUUGCGACCUUUGAAAAAGAUCGAUGGGCAUCCUUCAAGCCAUCGGAGAAAGUCGGGGCUCCCCCAAACAAGAGCAGGACACUUCUCGGCACGCUUAAAAUCUUCCCGUUGCCCAACAGCGACGCGAGUGGAGGAGCUGAAAAGGCGACGAAGAAGGAGGAUAUUUUGACCGAGAACAUGAACAAGGUUAGCGACAAGAUGCUGGCCAAAAAGUCGAAGGAGGACAGGAUUCUGAAUCUCGACGGGACGCACUCGGGGGACUUGCUUGAGGAGGCCAUUGUGUUUACGUGCUGGAUCGCGAUCGAAGGAGAGCAUCGAUUGAGGUGGAAGAUUGUUGAUAUCUUGGAGGAGGUGGGUGAGUCGUUUGGGGGAUAA